AUGCUUUUAGAAAAUUAAAUGAUGUCUAAUUUAUUUAAAGAAAUAAUUAUUAUACUUGCAAUAAUGCUGAAAGUUUAUAAAUAAUUAUAAAUUGUAAGAGUGAUCUUAGUUUUUUUAAAAUAAGCAAUAUCUAUCAUAUAAUAACUUAAUAAAAAAAACUGCUAUAUUCAUGUUUUGAUCAAAGUAGUUUCGAUAGUAACAAUUUUCGCUUUAUUUUUUGAAUUUGCAGUUUGUGAAUAUUUAUUAAUAGUUUCGAUUUUUCUAUCUAUCAUAACCUAAAUUACAUAGAAAAUUAGAUCAUAUUAUAUAACAACUGAAAAUCAAGCAAAUAUUAUUACAUUAUAGGUAUAAUUUUAUUUAACUUUAAGUUAAUUGAUAUGGCAUUAAAUAAACCUAAUUCUUAAGAAAAUCAAAUUAUUUGUUAGAUUGCUUUCAAUAUGCAUAAAUGUGUAAAAUGUUAGUUACCUUCUAAAAUUAUUUAUUGUUUAUUUAAAAAUAUCAUAAAUGAGAAUUCUGAUUUGAAUUAUCUUAUCCAGUUUUGCUAUUAUCUAUCAGAAAAAUACCCAAUAAAAUCCUUAAUUAAGUUAUUGAAAAUAUAAACUAGAAAUUUAUAUUUUAUAGGGACAUCUAGAAAUUUAAUUAAAUACUUAAGAAAAUAAAGUGAUUUAUUGCUUGAAAUAUUUUAAAAGCAAUUAUUUUUUCAUAAAAAAGAGAAUAAUUAAAUUAAAUUAAAAACUAAGAUAGUUUAUGAGUGUUAUUUUUCUUAAGAAUAAUUAUUUCCAAGUUUUGAAAAAGUAAUAAUGUAAAAAAUAAGCUUUUAUCAUCAUUUAAUAAAGGGAUAUUAAAAUAUUGAAACUUAUUUUAAUGAAGCUUUAUCUCUUUCUGAAAAUAUUAUAUAAUGUAAAUAAUUAAUGAACCAAAAAUAUGAUAUGAUUAAUGAAAGGCUAAAAAAUUCAGAGAUCUAAGAGUCUUUAAGUAUGAGAAUAAUUCAACUUUAUUAUUCAGCGAUAUAUAAUAAUUAAUAUUUAUCUUUUAAAAUUGAAAGAAAAAUAGAAGAAUAUUUGAAAAAUGAAAGAUUUAGAUAAGAUGAACCAUUAAGCAGUAUUCAGUUAAUCUAAAGUAAUUAUAAAAAAUAUCAAAAGAUAGAAUAUUUAUAUUUUAAUCUAGUAUAAUAAAUAAUAGAGGAUAAUUUAUUAAUUUAGACACAAAAAAGCUCUCAUUAUUUUUAGAGGAAAAAGAAGAUAAUCUUAAGUAUAUAAAACAUUGUUCUUAAUUAAUGCCAUCAUUUUUAGGAAUUAUACAUGAUGAUCUCAUAGAUAGAUUUAUCAAUUAUGGUUUUGCAUAAACUCAAAAUUAAAGUCGAAAAACCUAUAUUUAAAAUUCAGAAGGAUAUAUUGAACCUUGUUUCAUAAGCAUUUAUCCUCAUUAUGAUAUAGAUAAUAAUGAUUUUAUCAUGAACAUAAUUAUGAGUAAAGUUCAAUAAAAUCAAAUGAUAAUAUUUGGAGUUGAUGGUUCUAUUCAUGGUAUUACUUAAUAGUUUUAUGAAAAUGCUGCUAAAUCUAAUUAUCAUUUUAUGAAAAUUUUUAAAUGUGAAAAAAAAUUGAACAAUUAAAAAGAGUAAUCAAAUGUAAGGUCAUUUUUAGAAAAAAAUCCAUUAAUAUAAUAUUAUAUUCCAAAUAUAAUGUUGUAAGUUGAACUAUUAGUAAAACAGUAUUAAAAAACAAAAUCUUUUAUGCUAAGUAAUUUAAAAUCUACUUGGGUAAUUCCUAAUAAUCAUCGAAUGUGUUUAACGUAAACCUAAAAUUUAUUAGAACCUUUUAAAAUUCAAAAUACUAAUGAGUAUUCAAAUAAAUAUAGAAAUUAAUAUUUUUCGACUCUUAAAUAAAGAUUUGAUUUAAGUAAGGAUCGAUAAAAAGUUAAUGAUUUGUAAUUAUUAGAUUGGAAUGAUAAUAUUGAUGGAAUUCCUAUUAUAUUACUUUAACCAUAGUUAUAAUAAUAAUUAAUUGAAAUUGUAGAUUUUGGAGAUAUUUAAAAAUCUUAAUUUCAAUUAGCACUUUAAUAUGAUUUACAGUUUAAUACUUUUUAAACCCAAAAAAAAAAAGUUGGAUAUUUUUUGUUAAUUUUAACAGAUUAUAAAGUAUUAUCAACUUAGUAGAUGAUUUCUAAUUCUGUUCUAUUUGAAAAAAACAUCAAAUCUGAGGUUCAAGAGGAAAAAAUACAAUAAAAUGUUAAGUUAACUUAAUCAUUAGCUUUUUUAAAAAAAUAGGAGCAAUAUGAAGCAAUUAAUGAAGCAAAAUAAGAAUUUAAAGCCAUAAACGACGACAUACCUGAGAUUUAGAAGGAAAAUGAAUACUUAUGUUUAAGUAGCGCAAAUUAAAGUUUUGAAUAGCAUUUAAUUAAAAAUCAGAUUCAAUUAAGAUCCCCUGAAACUCAAGCUUAAGUAGAUAUUUAUGCAGGACCUUUAGUAUUGAAAUCCAAAUGUUCAGAAAAUUAUAAUAUUGAAGAUAUUGAUUUAAAUGAUCAUAAUGAAUAAGUAAUUAUUUAAUUGAUUAUUUAAGUUUAAGAAGUAGAAAAUUUCUAAAACAGAUCUAAAUUUUAGUAAAAAAAAAGAUGAAAAAAGUAAAAGUAAAUCACACUUAAGAGAGAAACUAUAAUAUUUUAAAAAUCAAAUAUAAGAGAACAAUGAUUUUGCAUCCAAUCCUUCAAGAUCAUCAGUUUGUUCAACUUAAAAGGAAACCUAAUACUUGGUUGAAUAAAUAUAUUCGAAAACUCAAAUUAUUUUACCUUUGUAAAAAAUCUCAUUUAUUUUGGCAUUAAUUUUAAUCUCUAUAGUUGUUAUUUCAUUGAUUAAUAAUAUGAUGGUUCUGAAAAAUCUUGAAUAAUAAUCAUCAGAAGUAAUGAAUUUAAUAGAACCAUAAAAUAUAACUUAUUUUUAUUCCUCAGUAAUUUAUUAGCUUUGGUCGAUUUAAUUACAAUAAUAAAAUAUAAUUAACAUAUCUUAGUUUAUAAAAUAAAGAAAUAAUGAGACAUUAAAUACUAUGUUUUAGAAUGGAAGAAUCUAUUUAAAAAAAUUAAAUAUUAAUGUUCCAAAACUAGCUUAAAGGUAAGGAAUUUAAGAUUUUGAAAUUAAAUAUUUCUAAAAUAAUAUUUUUAGUACUUUUACUUAUAAUAUCCAAGAUUUUUACAUUAUGUUAAAUGAAGCUAUUGAACAUACUUACAGAAUAAAUCUUAAUUCUCCUACUCCAUAUUAUGAUCAAUUAUAUACAUCAGGAUUUAUUAGAUUAAAUUUUAUUUAAAUGGCAAAAUAAAUUAAUACUUUUGUUAUUGAAUUAAUAGAAGAUACAAUUUUAUCUUAAAACUAAAUAGAAUUUAAUUUUAAAAAUCUUAUCCUCAUCGAAUUGUUUCUUGUAUUGUUUUUAAUAGUAAUACAAGUAAAAUACUGGAAUUUUAUUGAUAAACUUUAAAAAUCUAUCUUAUUAUUAGUUUCUUCUUUAAAUGAAAAUUAAGCAGUUGAUUAAAUUAUAAAAUUUAUGGCUCUUAAAUCAAUUUUAGAUGAAAAGAAUUAAAAUAAUUGGAAAAUUGAAGACUUUUCUUAAAUUAUGACUUAGAAUUCAAAAAAAAAGAAUUAGAAAUAGAAAUAAAUUGAAACUUUUGGCAAACAAAGUAAUUCAGAAUCCUCUUUAACAUCAAGAAUUAAUAAAACUUAACAUUUUACGAAACUUAAUUAUAUUGUUAUCAUAUGUUUAAUAAUUUUUUGGAUUUCUUAUUUGCUAACAAGUUAUUUAUUAUUUGUUAAGAAUCAUGAGAAUUUUUAACCAUCCUUAAAAGCUACUCUAAGAUAUGGGGAAUUUAGAAUAAAGAUGGAUAUUACAAGUAUUUUAGGAGGUUUUAUAAAAACUGAGAAUUUAUUACCAAAUAAUAAUCUUUCAUUUAUAAAUUAAACUGAAACUAUAGAAUUGUUUUAAGAAUGCAAAAGUUAAUUACUAUUAAUAAUUAACGAAGUAUCAACUACAAUCUUAGAAAAUGCUAAUAAAAAUAAUUAAAAUAGUCCAUUUGAUAGUUUCUUGAAUGAUGAUAUAUGCCAAAUAAAACAUUGGGAAGAAAUUAAGUCUUGUGAUCCUUCUAAAUAAAAUCUUCCUUAUUCUAAGUAUUAUAGAAUUAUAAGUUUUUAGCUUGGAUUCAAUACAUAAUUUAAUUUCAAAUGGCAUUUUAGGUUAUACUGCUUCUCUAAUUAAAUAUAUAGAUUAGGAAUUUUAUAAUGAAUUAAAUCAGCUUCAUUAUAAUAGUAAAGAUGAAAACGCCUUUACAAUUGAAAGCCAGUAUUUUCAAAAUUACUUUCUUUAAUAUUUUAGUGACACAUAAAAUACUUUUUUGGAUUUUUUAACUUUAUUUUAAAUAGAUAACUAAAACAUUGCUGAAAAAAUAAUAAAUUUAAUGGAAAUAUAUUAUAUAAUAUUAGGAUUUAUGUAAAAUUAAAAUUAAAUUUUUAGCUAUUUCAUAUUUAUGUUGAGUAUUUGUAUAAUAUGGAUAUUUUUGUAAUAAAAAAAGAUGAGAUCACUUAGAUAGAUAUUAGUACUUAUUCCUUUAGAUUUAAUAUAAAAUUAAAACAUAAAAAAUAGAAUUAAACUAAUAUUUAGUUGGUUAUAUUGA